UCAGGCUCACAUGAUCGUCUGAGUUUACUUCCUUGUCAUUGUUGUGUUUUGAUACGGAAUGUGAGCUAGUGGCUUUACGGACAUGGCGGAAGAGGAGAAGACCCCACUUCUCUGUGGUGUGGCGGCGGAUGGAAGUAGCUUAGAGGUGAACGCAACUUCAGCCAUUGCCUCAGCUCCUCCACUUCAGGAGGAGCCCCCGCCCUACUCAGUGUUGGGAGCAGAUUGUUCAUGGGUGAACUGUGGAGUGUGCCGGUGUCAAAUCAGCGUGAACAAACACAGCAACCAGCACCUUGUGAAGUGUUCAUCCUGCCAUGAAGCAACGCCUGUUCGGAACCCUCCUGUGGGGAAGAAGUACAUACGCUGUCCUUGCAACUGUCUCCUGAUCUGCAAGGCAACAUCCCAGCGAGUGGCCUGCCCCCGUCCCUCCUGUAAGCGAAUUAUCGAGCUUGGCGCAGGGGCAUCUGGAUCAAGUCUUGUCAGCGCUCAACUGCAGCCAUGUGGGUCAAGAGUGAGCUGUGGACAUUGCUGUCAGAUAUUCCUGUGGACUGACUUGACCAAUAAGAAACAAGCAAGAUGUCCCCAUUGCCGAAAAGUGUCAUUUGUUGGACGCAGGUACCCCUGGCGACGCUUUAUUCACUUUUUCUUGAUUGGCAUGUUCUUUGCUGCCAUCACUGGAAUACUGGCGGGUUGUACUUGGGAGGAUGCAAGGGAACAUGGAGCAAUAUAUGCCAUCUGGACGGUGCUUGUGAUUCUGUGUGUCGCUAGUUUUGGCUGGUCUAUUUACUGGCUCCGCAUUAAAAUAAGUGAGCCUAUUCAGAAUUACACUUAAAACAGCAAAGAAGGCUGGCAGACAGUGAGGUCGCUACAAGGCAUGUCCUGAUCUGAUCUGAGAGAUAUGUAUUGGGGUUGAUCAAGGCAUUAUUAAAUCACUAUCGGCUUUAUUGAACACAAAUUAGAAUUAAGCCUGAUCAUCUUUUUAUGUAAGCUGCUGUUGAGUGAGAGCACAAUUAAAAAAAUCCAACAGCCAAAUAUAGAGGCAGUAGUUAAAGAGCUGCAAAAAUAAACCAGAAAGAAUUACAGGAAGGAUAGUUGAAUUCGUCUCACUGGAUGAGCAGGCCAUUGCUGUUGUAGAGAAGCACCAUCUUCUGAAACUUUUGAAACCACGUCAUACACUUGAUUUGAAUCACUUUACUGUGCUUGAAAUGUGUAUUAUUGAGGAAAAUGAUAUCAGAUUGGAUUGGGACGCAGUAUCUACAAAUGCUCAAUAUUUAAUGCAUUGGAUUGGAUUGCCGGGAAAAAUGAUCGGGGCAUCCCUAAAUGCUACUAAAGAAAUUGAAAUAAUCAGUACAUAAGAGUCAAAUGUUACUUGAGGCUAGUGCCUUAACAAAUGGGCUAAAGCCCAUCUUUUGAAUUCAGUGUGAUUUCAUUUAAAUAAAGCAACAAUAGCUGAAAAUCUAGGAAAAGGGAAAAUCCAAACAAAAAAUGCUGAAUUAGUUCAGAUGUCGACUUUGUUGCUCUUUAUUCUGUGUUACCUGAUCUGAAAGCGCCUCUGAUGGGUGCGAAAGUCCUACAAACUGAAAACGCUUCCAAUAUUGUUUUAGGAAGUUUAUCGUAGAUUUUUUUGCCUAAUGACAUCAAAAAAUAUAAAACAUGCCUUAAAGCUACCUCACCUUUAAGGCAUGCAAUAUGGCAAAAAAACAGAUGCACUUCUACCGAACAAUUCUAGUUUCGUUUGAAAUUCCAUUCAACUUUAACCUUUUCAUGGCUGCUGAGCCCAGUUCUAAUGAAUUAAAAUCGUGCAGGAUGUUAAUUAUAUGCAGUCAAUCACCUGUUUUAAAAAAAUUACCAUGAAGAUGAUCAUUUUACAGAGCUGGUUUAAAUACUAAUGAAAUGUAGAUACAUUACGAUAGAACCUAAUUUUGCACCUUCUUUUCUGUAAUACUGUAAUUGUGCUUUAAAUCAGGCUAUUGACUAUUUGACAUACAGUUUUAUACAUUUUAAAGAUCUUAGCUUUUGUUGUUAUUUCUUAAAGUUACAUUUAAAGUUCUUUAUUUCUGACUUGGUAUUUCCAAUCGUAUAUGUGUCAAAUGACAUGAAUAAACCUUACUUUAACAGUU